AUGUUCUUGAUGCUUAUAGUAGCAUCUGCACGGUCCAGUGUUGUGUAUCUGAAUUUUGGGGUCAACAACUUCCAGAUAAGGGCUGACUGGAUUAAUUUGAUGAGCAACACUCUGCAAUUCUAUGGGCUACCUCAUGAGAAUCUAAAUACACACAUCUACAGAUUUCUCAAGAAUUGUCAGAAUUAUAAUGCUCCUGGGGUUAAUAAGGACAUCAUCAAACUACAAUUAUUCCCGUAUACACUGAGAGAUGCUAAACCUAAUGGAAGUAUUACCACAUGUGAGGAGCUGAUGAGGAAAUUCUGCAAUAAGUUCUUUCCACCGGCUAAGAAUCAACAAGCAUCCAUCAAGAAACUGGAAACACAAAUUGAUCAGAUAGCUUAA